UCCCCUCCCACUCUCUGCUCCUCUGAGCUCGAGAGCCUCUUCCCCCUCUCUGCCUUUUACGAGUUCUCCUCCCGAAACCUGUGCGAGGCGGCCACUGAAGCGCGAGGCGAUUCCCCCCCUCUCCCCUACAAUCAGUCAACAUGGCUACAGUUGUUACCUCGACGAGAUUUACAGACGAAUAUCAGCUGUACGAGGAACUCGGAAAGGGUGCCUUCUCAAUCGUUCGCAGAUGUGUCAAGAAGUCCACCGGCCAGGAGUAUGCUGCUAAAAUUAUCAACACAAAAAAGCUCUCAGCCAGAGAUCACCAGAAACUGGAGAGGGAGGCAAGAAUCUGUCGUCUGCUGAAACAUCCGAACAUAGUACGACUCCAUGACAGCAUCUCAGAGGAAGGCUUCCAUUACCUUGUCUUUGACCUCGUCACUGGAGGAGAGCUGUUUGAGGACAUUGUUGCUAGAGAGUAUUAUAGUGAGGCAGAUGCCAGCCACUGCAUCAAUCAGAUCCUGGAGAGCGUCAGUCACAUCCACCAGCAUGACAUUGUGCACAGGGACCUCAAGCCUGAGAACCUGCUCCUGGCCAGUAAGAUGAAGGGAGCAGCUGUGAAGCUUGCAGACUUUGGUCUAGCUAUCGAGGUGCAGGGGGACCAACAAGCAUGGUUUGGUUUUGCAGGAACUCCAGGGUAUCUGUCCCCAGAGGUGCUGAGAAAGGACCCGUACGGCAAGCCAGUGGACAUAUGGGCAUGUGGUGUGAUCCUGUACAUCUUGUUGGUGGGCUACCCUCCCUUCUGGGACGAGGACCAACACAAACUGUACCAACAAAUCAAGGCCGGUGCAUAUGACUUUCCUUCUCCAGAGUGGGACACAGUGACCCCCGAGGCCAAGAAUCUGAUCAAUCAGAUGUUAACGAUUAACCCUGCCAAAAGGAUCACUGCCGACCAGGCCAUCAUGCACCCUUGGAUCUGCCAACGCUCCACUGUGGCCUCCAUGAUGCACCGUCAAGAGACUGUGGAGUGUCUGCGCAAGUUCAACGCCAGGAGGAAACUUAAAGGAGCUAUCCUCACAACGAUGCUGGUGACCAGGAACUUUUCAGUGGGACGGCAGCAUACCAGCCCUGCCGCUACCACCAGCACGGCCUCAAUGGCACAGGAAGCAUGCAAAACCUUACUAAACAAAAAGUCUGACGGUGUGAAGAAAAGGAAGUCCAGCUCGAGUGUUUGUUUGAUGUCGCAGGGAACCAACAGUAAAAACAGUGUAGUAAGCAGCGGCAGCACCAAAGACAGCAGCAUGUCAUCCUCAGCACCAAUGGAAGCCCAGACAACUGUUGUACACAACCCAGCUGAUGGCACCAAGGGCUCCACAGAGAGCUGUAAUAACGCAGAAGAGGAGGAGAUGAAAGGUAGGAAAGUGGCUGCCUCUGAGUCUACUGGUACAGACAGUGCCGUUUUAAGCCAGUGCAGCCCUACAGAGGAACAGACCCUGUCUCCUCACUGCGCACCACCCACGUCUGGUCCCCUGCAGGAGGCUGCUAGCAGCCCCAGUGUCCCUCAGACCAGUCCAGCUCAGAGCUCCUGUCCUGAACCAGAGUCCGCUCUGUCACCCCACGCAGGCAUCGGCCGCAACCUGCAGCAGACUCGUAAACAGGAGAUAAUAAAGAUGACAGAGCAGUUGAUUGAAGCUAUCAACAAUGGGGAUUUUGAGGCUUACACGAGAAUCUGUGACCCUGGACUGACUUCUUUUGAGCCAGAGGCUCUUGGAAACCUGGUGGAGGGCAUGGACUUCCACAAGUUCUACUUUGAGAACCUUCUGAGUAAAAACAGCAAGCCAGUGCACACCACCAUCCUCAACCCCCACGUACAUCUGAUCGGUGACGAUGCUGCCUGCAUCGCCUACAUCCGCCUGACGCAGUUCAUGGACGGCCAGGGCCGGCCGCGCUCCUGCCAGUCGGAAGAGACGCGCGUGUGGCAUCGCCGCGAGGCCAAAUGGCUCAACGUGCACUUCCACUGCUCAGGAGCACCGGCUGCACCCCUGCAGUGAAUUGCCAACCCAGGCCCAGCUUUGCCUGAACUCUAAAGCUGUUUGGAGCAUUAUUCUCCGCGGUCGGACCGGUGCCUGGAUCCUGGCCGGGAAGAGGCUGCUUGGAAAGUUGUAAAAACAGAAAAGUGGGGAAAAUACAUAUAGAAAAAAAGUUUAAAAAAAAACAGAAAAAAAAACAACCAUAUUUCAAAGCUUGACUGAAUGACCGACCAACACCAAUCCAGUCCAACUCUAGCUAGGUGAUGAUGGCGCUCGGCUGAUGUCAGCCCCUUCUUGCAGAUGGUGCAUGCUUCUGGUGGCGACACAGGGGUGAUGCUGUCCUGGUCCUUGUCUCCCAUGGCCUUUAUUUCCCCUUUGUUUGGUCUGCUGGAAAAGUAUUAAACCUGUUUAAAAAAACAAAAAAAUACAUAUAUAUAACAAAAAAUCAAAUACACUUCACAUACAGUACAUAGUGAACACCGAACUGGGGGCGACAAGUAUAAUAUCUGAAAAGAUUAGAUUUUUUUGUUUAGUCUUGAGAGAGCAGCAGAACGUCUACUUUUAAUAGAAGUAUUGUUUUACAGUUCACAGCUGAGGGUUGGAUUUAUGGGAACGGGAGCAACAAAUAUCUACUUGCUGUAAUAUCAGAAUUUAACAUCCAAGUUUAAGUGUCAGGUUUGAGCAUCUGUACACAGUUUUUUUUUUAAGGGGUUUAGAAAUGAUUCGUUACUGAAGGGACCUUUUUAAUUUUGUGUUUUUCUAUUGUGUUCAGCUGUUUUUUUGUGUACAUGUGUUUCAAAGUAUUGUUUUGAAAAAAGAAUUGUCAUUUUUAAUCAAAAGGGGUAUUUUAUUUAAUAGAAUUGUGUAUAAAUAGAUAUUUAUAUGGGAGUAAGGGGAAACAUGUACUUUCAGGGUGUAGGGAGGGGAUUUGAGCAUGAAUGGGUAUUUUGUUUCUGUUUUGAGGUCCUGGGGUGUAUAUAAAAACUACUCACACACCAUGCAUGCACGCACGCACGCAUGCGCACACACACGCACACACACACACAUUUAAGGUCCCUGUGCUCCAGCCAUUAGGGUUGAACCUCUCUUGAGCUUUAGACACAACAAACGUCCAGGCCAGCUCAUCCUGAAGUUGCAGAGGGCCUCCAUCUGUCUGCCCUGCGGUGUUUGGAGACAAACACUGAGAGGCGCCAUGGGUCAAAGUCUAAAGCUCCUCACAUGUCUGAACUACCUAAUCUGAAAGCACAGACGCACUCUCACACUAGGGCUGCACGAUAUUAGUAAAAUAUCUAAUUGCGAUUAUUUUGACUGAUAUUGCGAUUGCAAUACGAUUCAUGAUAUUGGAGAGAUUGAUCGUUUUUGAAUCAUUCUCAUUUUCUUUUUUUAAAAGGAUUUGAGGAUCUGUACCAAACAGAUUUUAUUUUUUUUAGUCUGUAGGAUACGAUUUGUAGGCACCACAAUACUUUAUUUUAAAAAUGGUUUGACACAUAUUUUGCCUUUAACAAAUAUUGCGCCCCCCCUGCGAUUUGGAUAUUGCACUAGUUCAUAUUGCGAUUUCAAUAAAAUUGCGAUUAAUUGUGCAGCCCUAUCUCAUGCCAACUUUUUACCUUUCUUUCAUCUGUUCUUGUGUAUUUGUGAUGUGAAGCGUGACAUAUUUGAAAUAUCUAAUGGCCUGUACUGUUUUUGCAGCCACUUACGGCUCAAUGCUGUUGUGCUCGCUCUUCUAAGGGAGUGAACCUUUCUGCAACUUCAGGUUACGCUCACCAAAAUCCUUCCCGCCCACCCUACCUCUACCCCUCUUACUUCCAUCAUUCCUGCCUCUUACUGUAUACUCUCCACAUCCUUCGCUAACCAGCCCCAUUACUGUCCUAGUAGCGCCACGUCGUGUUAUGAUGAUUAUGAUGAUGAUGUCACCCUUAUGCCUGUCUCUUGUUCUGAUUGUGUUCUUGAAAUUUGUGUGUUGUCCGUCUUGGCUUGCUGUACUUCUGUGUGAAAGCAUGUUAAAAAGGUAAUGCAGCCGAGGGAUUGGACAAAAAAAAAAAAAAAAAGG